GGUACUCUCCAUCCAUCAAACAUCCCGGCACCAUUGUGGAUCUAGUAAUCCAAUUGCCAAACACGGGGAAUAGUAAAAGCUGCUGCAACAAGCUAUUCCAACCCCAUCCCCCGAUUUAGAUUUGAGAAAGAGAGAGAUCCGUCAUCCAUGGCGGGCGUGUCACUCAAGUGCGGUGACUGUGGAGCCCUGCUGAGGUCUGUAGAGGAAGCCCAGCAACACGCAGAGCUGACUUCCCACUCCAGCUUCUCCGAGUCCACCGAGGCCGUCCUCAACCUUGUCUGCACCACUUGUGCCAAACCAUGCCGAUCCAAAACGGAAACUGAUUUGCAUACCAAAAGAACUGGGCAUACUGAGUUUGUUGACAAGACUGCUGAGGCCGUGAAACCAAUAAGUUUGGAGGUUCCAAAGUCUGUUGCCGACUGUGCCAAUGCCAGUACUAGCCACCCUGAAGAAAUGGUUGUGCCUGAAGUUGACAAAAAACUGCUUGAGGAACUUGAAGCAAUGGGCUUCCCAACAGCGCGAGCAACCCGUGCACUUCAUUAUAGUGGCAAUGCUAGUCUUGAGGCUACUAUUAAUUGGAUAGUAGAACAUGAGAAUGACUGUGAUAUUGAUCAAAUGCCCUUGAUACCUGUUAAUACAAAAGUUGAGGCUCCAAAACCUUCUCUUACGCCAGAAGAACUCAAAGCCAAACAACAGGAGCUAAGGGAAAAGGCUCGCAAGAAGAAAGAAGAGGAGGAGAAGAGAAUGGAAAGAGAGAGGGAAAAGGAGAGAAUUCGAGUGGGCAAAGAACUCCUAGAAGCAAAGAGAAUUGAGGAGGAAAAUGAAAGAAAACGGAUAUUGGCCUUGCGAAAAGCAGAGAAAGAGGAAGAGAGAAGGGCUAGGGAAAAAAUUCGGCAGAAAUUGGAAGAAGACAAGGCAGAAAGAAGGCGGAAGCUUGGAUUGCCACCAGAGGAUCCUUCAGCUGUAAAACCUUCUGCACCUGUUGUGGAGGAGAAAAAGAGCUCUUUGCCGGUUAGGCCUGCCACAAAAGCAGAGCAAAUGAGAGAGUGUUUGAGAUCUCUUAAGCAAAAUCACAAGACUCAGAUUUGCCAAUAUUGGAGCAUGCACCAUCAUCGGCAAAGGAGGAAAUCACCACCAUGUUCACCGGCACCACCUCAACAAGAAUAUGAGACUUGGGGUCAGCUUGGGAAAGAGAUGAGACACUUGGCACAUUUGGGAGCACUAUUGAAGGACUUCUCACGUGAUUGGGGUGUAAAGAAGAGGCUGGCUGUUGGGCUUUGGGCUUUUGAACAGACCCAAUAUGGCCCAAGAAGCUAUCCCGAGGCUUCCAAGCAGGAUGAUGAUGCUAAAGUGAAGCGAGCAUUCCAGACUCUCCUGACUUAUGUAGGAAAUGUUGUCAGGAAUCCUGCUGAGGAAAAAUUCAGAAAGAUCAGACUCAGCAACCAAUCUUUUCAUGAAAGAGUUGGUGCAUUGCAAGGGGGCAUUGAGUUUCUUGAGCUGUGCGGGUUUGAGAAAAUUGAAGGGGGGGAGUUCUUGCUUAUCCCCAGGGACAAGGUUGACAUGGCUGUGCUAAAUUCAGCUGGGGCUGAGCUGGACUCUGCAAUAAAAAAUCCCUUUUUUGGAGUUCUUUGAUUCGUAUAGAUUCGUCAUGUGUGAAAUGGUUGUUAUAAGUUAAAUAAAUAUAUUUUUUGUUGUGCUGUCUUCAGCUCAAGGUCUUGUUUUGCUUGAUUCUGAGAUUAUGGUCCCAUGUUUCAAUUUAAAUUUGAAUGAAAUUAUGAGCAUCUUUACUGUUAA